ACGUGCGUUCGCACUCGUUCGUGGUUGAUUCGCGUGGUUUUCGGGAGCAACGCGAACAACGUGAUCGUCGACGUGAUGACGUCAGAUCUCGAAGCAUAGGCCGAGAGUAACGCGAGUGUGUGUUUAAAGCCGAGGCCAGGCAGGGCGUGUGUGAAAUCGUGCGUCGUGCGUUCCUUCCUUCCGUCAUCGGAUGGAAGGUAUGUGCAAAUAACGGCGCGAGCGCGCGUCCGUUUGUCCGUCCGUCCCGUUUGUUCGUUCGUUCGUUCGUUGGUUGGUUGGUUCGUCGGUUGGUUUUUAUCCGCCGGGAUAGAAAUUAUGUACGGUGCUGUUUUAACGUGAUACGCGUGAAGACGGUGAAGAAUAGAAUAAAAAUAGUUAGAGUACCAUGUUCCGCUGCAUUCCGAUUUUUAAAGGGUGUAACAGGCAGGUGGAAUACGUUGACAAACGUCACUGCUCUCUGCCCUGCAUCCCCGACGACAUCCUGCGUUACUCCAGGAGUCUCGAGGAGCUUCUGCUGGACGCGAAUCACAUCCGCGAUCUGCCAAAGAACUUCUUUCGACUCCAGAGGCUGCGAAAGCUCGGCCUGAGCGACAAUGAAAUACACCGCUUGCCGCCGGACAUCCAGAACUUCGAGAACCUCGUCGAGCUGGACGUGUCCAGGAACGAUAUACCGGACAUUCCUGAGAACAUCAAAAAUUUACAGGCGCUACAGGUGGCGGACUUCAGCAGUAAUCCUAUUCCAAGGCUUCCAGCAGGAUUUGUACAGCUAAGGAAUUUAACUGUACUUGGACUUAACGAUAUGUCCCUUACAAACUUGCCACCUGAUUUUGGAAGUUUGGAGGCAUUGCAGUCGCUGGAAUUGAGGGAGAAUUUGCUCAAAUCCUUGCCCGAAUCGCUCUCACAGCUCUUCAAGCUCGAACGACUGGAUCUCGGUGAUAAUGAGAUCGAAGAAUUGCCUUCGCAUAUAGGAAAAUUACCAGCGCUACAAGAAUUGUGGCUCGAUCAUAAUCAGUUGCAACACUUGCCCCCUGAAAUAGGCGAGCUGAAAACGCUAGCGUGUUUAGACGUUUCGGAAAAUCGCUUGGAGGAUCUUCCUGAUGAAAUCGGCGGUCUCGAAUCGUUAACGGACUUGCACUUGUCGCAGAAUGUUAUCGAGAAAUUACCCGACGGACUUGGCGAACUGAAGAAAUUAACUAUCCUCAAAGUAGAUCAAAAUAGACUCUCUACAUUAAAUCCAAGUAUAGGAAAAUGCGAGAAUUUGCAGGAAUUGAUUCUUACAGAGAAUUUUCUCUUAGAGUUACCGGUAUCGAUAGGCAAACUUUGCAAUUUAAAUAAUUUGAAUGUCGAUAGAAAUAGUCUGCAAUUUCUACCGAUAGAAAUUGGAAAUUUGAAAAAGUUGGGUGUAUUGUCUUUAAGAGACAAUAAAUUACAAUAUCUUCCAGCUGAAGUGGGACAGUGCAGUGCCCUUCAUGUUUUAGAUGUAUCUGGCAACAGAUUACAUUAUUUACCAUAUUCUUUGAUCAAUCUGAAUCUGAAAGCGGUAUGGUUAAGCGAAAACCAGGCGCAACCAAUGUUAACGUUUCAAACAGAUGUUGACGAGGAAACGGGUCAAGAAGUAUUAACGUGUUUUCUUUUACCACAAUUGGAAUUCCAUCCUGAUGAUUCAGGUAGACUGGGAAUGUUGGUUGGUAUGAGAAACGUUCCAGGUGAGAUGCGUGAAUUGACAAGUAGUGACGAUGAAGGCUGGCAAGAAAGAGAAGCAUCAAGGACACAUUCAGUGAAAUUUACCGACGAACCACCAGAAGCUGAUAAAGAAACUCCAUUUGUACGUCAAAACACACCACAUCCAAAAGAGUUGAAAGCUAAAGCACACAAGUUAUUUAGCAAAGGGAAAAGUGAAAGUCGAUCAGAAUCUACAGAUGACCAGGAUGUUUCUCAAACAUUUGGAUUAGAUAAAACUGAACCAGAGACACUGACCAACACUGUAGAUAUGCCGCAAAGUGUUUCUGAACAAGAAGAACCUGUGGCAGAUACUGUACAAAAUAAUCAUAAAUUACCACUAACACCUGGUACCGAAUCAGAGAGUACAGAUAUUCAAAUUAAUAAAGAAAUAGAUGAGCCUCCUAUUCAGUAUGCUACAGAAUCUCAUUCGAAUGCAAAAGCUGAAAAUUCCAUCCCAGAAUCAAAAGAAAGAGAAGAGUAUGAGGAGGAAUCUGAAAACGAAGAUGUGCAAAGACACGUCGAAUUUAGUAUUGCAGAAGACGCUAAUAACGAGGAUAUUAGUGAGUCAAAUAAGCCCAAUAAACUUCAACGUAGAGACACUCCACAUCAUCUGAAAAAUAAACGCAUUCAUACGGCAAUUGACAAGGAAAAAGUUGCUUCCAUUAUAGCACAGGCACUUUUGAAAAAAUCUGAUGAAACUUCUACAUCUUUACCUUCACAAAUAGAGUCCACAGAAACCUUUGAUGCGCAUAAUCAAGAUGCGACGUCUGACAUUGAACCAGCACUGGAGAUACGGGAGGAGCAAUAUGAGAUUCAUAUAGAAAGAACGACAGGCGGAUUAGGUCUGUCAAUAGCUGGUGGUAUCGGAUCGACGCCUUUCAAAGGUGAAGACGAAGGCAUUUUCAUUUCAAGAGUUACUGAAGGUGGACCUGCGGACUUGGCUGGUUUGAGAGUAGGUGAUAAAGUGAUAUCCGUAAAUGGAGUAUCGGUAGUGAAUGUAGACCAUUACGAUGCCGUAGAAGUGUUAAAAGCGUGCGGACGUGUCCUUAUAUUAAAUAUUAUAAGGGAAGUUACGAGGAUAGUUCCACCCUACGAACAGGCACCGACGAGAAAAGAUUCCGUCUGCUCUAGUUUAAGCACAAGUAGAGCACCAAGUGCGACGUCUUACGUGUCAUCCACAGCGUUAUCGCAUACAUUAGAAAAUGGCGACGCAUCCGUGACCCAUGAAACUGCGAAGACAAAAAGGAUUCCCGAACCUAUAAAUUCUCUGAAGUCGAGUAGUGAACCUAUGGUGUCUGUUCUCUUUCAUACAACACUGAUACGAGACCAGAAUGGACUUGGAUUUAGUAUUGCCGGUGGGGAAGGUUCACCGCCAUUUAAAGAUAAUAGUGAUGCCAUAUUUAUCUCGAGAAUAACGGACGGUGGAGUUGCCCAAAAGGAUGGCAAAUUAUUAGUCGGAGACAAAGUAAUAUCUAUUAAUGGAGUAGAUAUGAGGGGAGCUAAACAUGAACAAGCUGUGGCUCUACUCACCGGUUUGGAAAGAUUUGUUCGACUAGUGGUCGAAAGGGAAAUACCGCUUUCUCAAGCAAAUCCCGCCUCCACCGUGGUAACUCCAUCGGAAAAAUCGCCGCGUGUUAUAGGUGCGCCGAAACCUUACACAGGCCUGUACAAUGCCAAUAGUUACAUGGCGAAUAGAUCUGGAUACGCCGGAUAUCGUCGUUCCAUGGACGCCGAUAAGGCACUGUCGCCAAGUCCCACUUCGAAGACGCCCCCGCCGACAUUACCUGCCAAGUCCGAUCAAGUCGUCGAAGAAAUGCCUAAGAUGAACGGCGUGAGUGAUUCGGGGAAGAACGUUUCGCCAACGUCCUAUGGCCCGAUUAAUCAAGCAUCGUAUCCGCAACCGGCUCCGAGGCAUAGCGUCACGCAGAUGACGUCACCUACCGUGAAUAAUAUCACCGGUUCCGCGACUACGACUACUCCCGCCUCUCAUGUAGAGCCUAGACCGGAUGAGACUGCCCAAGAGGAUAUACAGGUACCGAAGCCUAUCACCAACGAGGAAUUUCAAGCUAUGAUCCCCGCUCAUUUCCUUCGUCCUCCAACAUCCUCGCCUUCGCCAGACUCCCAUCAAGGCCCCAUUGUGACGGUGACGAUAAAGCAGCCUGAUACAUUGCCCGGGGAUGUUAGCUUCCCUCCAGCUCCCACUACACUCGGUAAAGUUACUGAGACCAUCACAAAGAGUACGCUCACCGAGACCGUCGUAACUAGGGUGACUGACAACCAGUUGGUACAACCGCUCAUUAUCGAGGACGUUAUCCUUGUGAAAGAAGGCUCACUGGGCUUCAGCAUCAUAGGAGGAACCGAUCACUCGUGUACGCCAUUUGGUACAAAAGAACCAGGGAUUUUUAUAUCUCAUGUUGUUCCUGGCGGCAUAGCUGCCAAGUCGGGUAAACUGAGGAUGGGUGAUAGGAUAUUAAAGGUGAAUGGUACGGAUGUGACAAAGGCCACGCAUCAGGAAGCGGUGAUGGAACUUUUAAGACCCGGGGACCAGAUUGUGCUCACUAUCCAACAUGAUCCGCUUCCGGAAAAUUAUCAGCUGGUCGAAAUAGAGUACAUCCCUGUGACAGAACUAGUGAUAACGAAGGAAGCAGGUGAAAAGCUUGGUAUGCACAUUAAGGGAGGUCGAAGAGGACAGAAGGGCAAUCCUCUCGAUCACACCGACGAAGGCGUUUUUAUAUCAAAAAUUAAUUCAGGCGGUGCAGCCAAGAGAGACGGACGAUUGAAGGUUGGAAUGAGGUUACUGGAAGUCAAUGGCACAUCGUUAUUAGGUGCGACUCAUCAAGAAGCUGUAAACAUCCUUCGGUGUUCAGGGAAUACGAUCACAUUGGUUGUGUGUAAGGGUUAUGACAAAAGUGACAUGGAACCGAUAUUAACAUUAUCAUCUGACAAUGGAGGUUCUAAGGAAGCUAAAGUGUCUAACGAAUCGAGGGAUCCACCCGCGGACGGUACUAAAUCGUUGUCGCAAAGUGUAUCCAGUUUAGAUCGAGACGAUGAGGAAGCUGCGAUUCUUAGGCAAGAGCAAGAAAUGAAAGCUGAACUCGUCGCUUGGGAACAAGAGGAACGAGAGCGAGCGCUUGUAGAACAGAGAGAAAAAUCUACACCCGAAAAAGUAAUGGAUGUUGUACGAGCAGCAGAAUCAUUAGUAAGCAAAUCGAAUAGCCCUGUCGACAUGGUACCACCAAAAUCACCCGGAGGUACCAAAGAUCUCAAAACCACGACGAUUGUUAUGAGUAAACACACACUAGCACCUCAGAAUCCUAAUAAUUCAAGAACGAAUGAGAUCUCUGGAAUGUCAACGGACUCUCCGUCUUCGUCGAAAUCAGCCACCCUUCCUAAGGCAGCCAGUUUCGAACGCUCUACUUCUAUGCACACUUUACCCUCUCCGACGAAAAAAAAAUCACUGUCUAAACGUAGCAUCACGUUUGCCGAUCUGCCGCCGAUCUCAAAAAAGAGCUCGAAUCUUAAGCCAUCCCAUGUCAAACCCACGUUGUCCGCAAUCAACGUUGUCGAGCAUCCAGUUCGGCAUCCUACGUCCACCCUUUCUCCGCGAACCAUCACAUCCUACGAAACACCCCAUGUACAGCACGCACGUUUCCGGCUUCCCCCGACACCUCUAACCGCCCCCGAAUGCUGGGGAGAUCUUGACACCUCGGCUUCUCUUAGCAAGCGACAGAUAGCACGUUCUGUUGAUGGGAAUUUUCAGGUUGAGCAAUCUCCAACUUCUUCUCCGACGCCACCAUUGACAAAAAUGUCAGUCAGCGAUAAAAAGAAGCUCUUUGAAAGUGCCAUGGAAGAACACUUGAAACCAUCACCUAAACCAGAUAAAAUAUUCAGUUUUUUAAGUCAGGACGAGGUAGAAAAAAUGAGACAAGAAGAAGAGAAAAAGAUUGCAACUUUAACGCGAGACGAAUUGAAAUCAUGGGCACAACUUGAUGAAAAUGAAGGCCUCGAAGAUCUGGAUCUCACGACGGACGAUCAGAAUAAUGGACGACCUAAUAGCCGACUGAGCUCGCGAACUUCGAUCCCUCUUAUCCAGAAUGUUCCCAGCAGCGUGAGGACAGCAAAAGCGGAACGUCGUUUGAAAGAACGAUUAAUUCAAGAGGGCCUUAUCUCGGACGAGGACGAGGAACAUCUUCUGAGCCCCGCAGAACAACGAGCGCUUAGAGCUGAGAAACGUGCCGCUUGGCGACAAGCUCGCCUUAAAUCUCUCGAGCAGGAUGCGCUCCAGGCACAGAUGGUGAUAAAAAAAAUGAGUGAAAUAAUGGACUCUAAUAAAAGCGAAGAUACACGCGAUGCGACUGAUAUAAUUGAUCCUGCUUCCGAUCAAGAGAAGACUGUCGAAUUCGCUACAUUACGGCCUUCUAGCGCGGAUUUUCCUAAACUCGCCGUGCGCAGUAAAGUGGGUCCCCCUAAAGAGAUACGCGAAUCUGAGAAAGUCGUGGACGAGAAGGUCACUCGGCGUACCGAGGAAUAUCUAGACGAGGUGACGGGUGAACGUCGUGUACGAACUGUCGAGUACGUCGAGAAGCUCAUUGAGCGUCAGGUGGAGACUCUGAGGGAGAAGAUUAUAUCUUUGGAAUUAAGUAACGCGGAGGACGAUGUGGAAAGUGCGAGCGAUGCCGGCAGCGAGAGCGAAGACACUGCAAUGGGACAAAAUAUCGCCGAUAGUACCGCGGUGGGAAAACCAGAUUCUCAUGUCACAACCGACACGACUGAAGAAGUCCCCAGUGCUAAGACUGAGGCGAAUGUCACCGUUGUUUCCACCAAGAAAAAGAAACGAAAGCGAUCGAAGAAAGGUCGCCACUGACAAAAAAUGUGCAUUUUAAUGAAUAGGUAUGGAACAUUGAUGUUAGAUAUAACUGAAUAAAAAUCUGCGAGAUCUUUGUUAACUUUAAUAUUCGACUAUCACACGCAAAUUAUAUGUUUAAAUAUUACUCUACAAUUAAAUUAACAUUUAUACUACAUAAAUGAAUUGUGUAUGCAUGUACGUGCACAUAUGUGUAUAUUUCGAAAAAACGAAAUCGACCACUUAUAAGUUUCCAUUACAUGGGUACAUAUUAUUGCGAUAUAUGUAUCUGCGGACGUUUUAUAUCUUUCCUUUUUUCACAGAUUAAUAUAAUAAAUUAUACAUAUAUAAACAAAAAAAAGAGUAGCCUGACUUUUUGCAUCGACAUAUUCGGUGAAAAAUAUAGAUAUUUAUACACAAAAGUUCAUGAUUGGUUUAGUAAGAUCGUUUGUACAAAUUUAUAAUUAGCAUGUUUAUUUAUAUGCGUAUAGACGUAGUUUUACAAAUCUAACAAGUAUAAUUACAAAUUGGUUUAUUUUAAUGUGGAACAAAACUAUUGCAUUUCCAUUAUACAUUAUCGAUAUAUUUUACAAAUAAUUUAUACAUAUCUCACGUUCAGUAUACUUAAAAUUUUCAGUAUACUUAAAAUUUUGCUAAUUUGAGAUUCACGAGGUGUAAAGUUAAAAAUAAAGUUUAAGGGAAAAAAUGAAAGCUUGA